CCUCUGUCUUCUGGUGCUGACAGGUCUCCCAUUUCUGGAGAUUACUGGAUGGAAAUGUCUGGUACGAUCAAACCUGUGACGUCGUUCCUCAUUGAGGACAUCCUGUCCAGUAAGGACUACAAGAGAGUGGACGGCAAAUGCAGCUCGCCAAGGAGGGAAAAAUGUUCCGACUGGAGAGAGGAGUCUGAAAAGUUGUCAACACACCUUUAUCCCGAGGAAUCCGCCUUUGGAAUGCACACAGAGUCUCCGGACACGUCCCAUCCCAGCUCCUCAGAGUCGAGCUUCUCCUCCGCAGGAAAACAGAAGCGGUCCAGAGCGGCCUUCACGCACCUUCAAGUGCUUGAACUGGAGAAAAAAUUCAGCCACCAGAAAUACCUAUCAGCCCCAGAGAGGGCCCACCUGGCCAGCACCUUAAGACUGACCGAGACCCAGGUCAAGAUCUGGUUUCAGAACAGGCGGUACAAAACCAAGCGAAAGCAGCAGACUGCAGAGCUCUGCAAGGAUGCAUACAAAGCGGAUGGACUGGGUUUCAGAGAGGAUUUGGUCAGAGCAUCACUAUUAACCUCCUUCUGCAAAGCCUACCAGUACAGACCCUACCUGUGGGACUACAGUGGAGCCUGGGGGCCCAUGUUGUGGUAGAAAAGUCACGACGGAUGAUAAUUAGCCAAUGCUAAGGGACUCAAAGUUUCUUCUCUUUUAAGUAAUACACUUUGAACUGUCUGGAUGUUUCUCUUUUCAUAUAAUAAUGUUGUCCAAAGAAUCAAGCUGUGUGUUGCAUGGACCUGAAUCAAACUGUUUGGCAUUGGUGAUUAUUUCAUUAUAAUAAAUUAUUUUUUUUGCUGAAGCUCAUUUUUCUUGAAAGCUCUUUGCAAAAAAAAAUGUUCUCAGCAAGAACCUUGUGUAAUUCACAAACCUUAUUGAUAACAUCAUAUUCUAUUCUAUUUUCUAAAACACUUGUAUUAGAUACUUAAUAAUAAUUAAGCUGCAAAUUGUGAAUUUCUCUCAAAGGAACCAGUGAAAAUACUACGGUUAGCUAAAAAAAAAAAGAAAUAGCUCUUGUGUGACAACUCUUGAGGAAUUUUGCUGAUUCGUUUAAAUCAUCUACGUGAAGUUAAACUUUGUGCAGUGUGAGAUGUUAUCUGUUGAAAUUGAGGAUUGAGAGCUGAUUCUGGAAAACCCUGAUCAGAGUACCAUGUUUCCUGCAGAUGACAUUGUGCCAGUUGAGAAAAACCACUGGAAAAAAAAAAGAAACGUACACAAGAUCGCUGAGGCAGUCAGAAGAGACAUCAACGCGACUUCUAGAAACAAAAACAUGAACUGACAGAAAACACGCGGUGAGCUGAAGUAUGAAGAUUAGUCUCAGAAAUUAAGGUUGUGUUCGGUUUAAACUGAUGCCACACCCUGUUGUCACACACACCCAGCUGAUAAUGUCGUACUGUGGCAGCACGGUAUGAAGCAUGUCAGUCAUUCUGUGUGUCAGUACUCUGAUGGGCAUGGUAUUCUGCAAAAGAUAGGAAAGUGCACAGAUAAAAUAGUAACAGAACUUUUUUUUUUUUAAUGAUACCUUCUGUGUGCGAU